AUGGCUGCGCCUCCUAAUGAACUCUUCAUCGUCCUCUCCGGCUUCGGCUUCUUCUUCUGCGCCAUCCCGUUUUGGUGGCACCUGCAAGCGUGGAAUGCCGGGACGUGCUUGUUCAUGUUCUGGACGGGUAUUGGUUGCCUGAACGCCAUGAUCAACGCCAUCAUCUGGAAUCACAACGUUGCCAACAUUGCGCCUGUCUGGUGCGAUAUCUCUACGCGCUUCAUGGUAGGAUUGAAUGUCGGUCUCCCAGCCGCCGUGCUCGUGAUCAUGCUGCGUCUGUGGAAGAUCGCGUCGCUGCGCUCCGCGCAGAUCACACCUGGAGAGAAGCGGCGCGACAUGAUCAUCGACAUUUCCAUUGGUCUUGGGCUCCCCAUCCUCAACAUGGGCCUUCAGGUCGUCGUGCAAUCCAACCGCUUCAACAUCUGGGAAGACGUCGGCUGCUUUUGGAACACCUACCCGACCUGGGUUUCUUGGCUCAUCGUCUACCCCUGGCCCUUCAUCAUCAGCGUCUUCUCUUGGCUCUUCGGCGGCCUCGCGUACUACCACCUGCGCAACCGCGCUGUACAGUUCGCCGAGUUCGCCUCGUCCAACGCGAAGCUCAACCAAGGACGCUACAUGCGCUUGAUGUUCAUGACCACCAUCGUCCUUACGAUCUCGUUCAUGGACAGUGUUCAAGUGGUGUAUCAGAACGCACAGGCCAGACUGUUCCCGUGGAUCUCGUGGGACGACACGCAUGCUCAUUUCGGGUUUGUGGCGCAGACUCUCCGUAAGGAUACGCCUAGUUCAGCCGUCAUAACGCUUGAACUCCAGCGGUGGAUGCCAGUGAUCAGCGCCUUGGUGUUCUUCGCCUUCUUCGGUUUUGCGGACGAGGCGAGGUUGCACUACCGCAGGGCCUACAACUCCCUCGCACACACUGUUGCAUUCACGCACUCGACGGCUUCUGGAUCGCCCAACUCGAGCAGUUUCGGGAACAUGAACGCCUCGCAGUUGAACAUCUCGGUCAACAAGGAAAGCUAUCGGUACCCGCCUACGAGCGCGACCAGUAUGGGUUCGCGGACGAUAAAAUCGAAGAGGGAUACGAUAGAUUCGUUCCUCGAUACCGUCACGCUUGCCGACGGCGGAUUGCGCGCGGACAGCCCGACGUUGCCCGAGGACAGCGACGCGCACAAGCGCUCGGGCGGGCCGCUGUACCCGCCCGGCCUCGGUCUCACGCCGCAGCUGUCGUUGCCAUCUGGUUUGCCGCCCACCAUGGCGAGCGAGUACCCGCCCACACCUUCCUCGCCCACGUACUACGAUAGCUUCCUCCACGCCGAAACCCCCGCCGAGCCCAAGUCCUUCUUCUUGACGCCCACACCGACAGCACACAGAUCGUUCCUCGAGACCGCCACACCACCCACCUCCGCGCCCGUCCCACCAGAGAGCCCGGCGCUCCGUACACCGGCCACGCCAAUUCUCUUCGCUGCGCCUGCAGGCCGUAACGACCAUCGAAACCCUGAAACGGCGGUGAAUGCGGAUACGGACAAGCCGUUGCCGCUCCCUCCGCGCUUCCUGGGUGUCGAUCCCAAUGCAGCGCCCAGGCAUAAAGCUGAUACACCACGGUCGGCGAAGACGUACUCGACAUGGAGUGAAGAUCCCCUCAUGACGCGCUCGGAUGCGGGCACCGAGUCGUUCGGGACGAUCGUAUAG